AAAUACCAUACCUUAAAUUCCUUUACAGGUAAAAGGAUUCCGUAGUUAUGUGGAUAUGUAUUUAAAGGAUAAGUUAGAUGAAACUGGCAACCCACUGAAAGUAAUACAUGAACAAGUAAACCACAGAUGGGAGGUGUGUUUAACAAUGAGUGAAAAAGGGUUCCAGCAAAUUAGCUUCGUCAAUAGCAUUGCUACUUCCAAGGGUGGCAGACAUGUUGACUAUGUAGCUGAUCAGAUUGUGACCAAACUUGUUGAUGUAGUGAAGAAGAAGAACAAGGGUGGGGUUGCAGUAAAAGCACAUCAGGUGAAAAAUCACAUGUGGAUUUUUGUGAAUGCCUUAAUUGAAAACCCAACCUUUGACUCUCAGACAAAAGAAAACAUGACUUUACAAGCCAAGAGCUUUGGAUCAACAUGCCAAUUAAGUGAAAAAUUCAUCAAAGCUGCAAUUGGCUGUGGUAUUGUAGAAAGCAUACUGAACUGGGUGAAAUUUAAGGCGCAAGUUCAGUUAAACAAGAAGUGUUCAGCUGUAAAACAUAACAGAAUCAAGGGAAUUCCCAAACUUGAUGAUGCCAAUGAUGCAGGAAGCCGGAACUCCACUGAGUGUACACUUAUUCUGACUGAGGGGGACUCAGCCAAAACUUUGGCUGUUUCAGGCCUUGGUGUGGUUGGGAGAGACAGAUAUGGGGUUUUCCCUCUUAGAGGAAAAAUACUCAAUGUCCGAGAAGCUUCUCAUAAACAGAUCAUGGAAAAUGCUGAAAUUAAUAACAUCAUCAAGAUUGUGGGUCUUCAAUACAAGAAAAACUAUGAAGAUGAAGAUUCUUUGAAGACUCUUCGUUAUGGGAAGAUAAUGAUUAUGACUGAUCAGGACCAAGAUGGUUCCCAUAUCAAAGGCUUGUUGAUUAAUUUUAUCCAUCACAACUGGCCCUCUCUUCUACGACAUCGUUUUCUGGAGGAAUUCAUCACUCCCAUUGUAAAGGUGUCUAAAAAUAAGCAGGAAAUGGCAUUCUACAGCCUUCCUGAAUUUGAAGAAUGGAAGAGUUCUACCCCAAAUCAUAAAAAAUGGAAAGUCAAGUAUUACAAAGGUUUGGGCACCAGCACAUCAAAGGAAGCUAAGGAGUACUUCGCAGAUAUGAAAAGACAUCGUAUCCAAUUUAAAUAUUCUGGGCCUGAGGAUGAUGCUGCGAUUAGCCUAGCCUUUAGCAAAAAGCAGAUAGAUGAUCGAAAGGAUUGGUUAACUCAUUUCAUGGAAGAUAGAAGACAACGGAAGUUACUUGGCCUUCCUGAGGAUUAUUUGUAUGGGCAAACUACCACUUACCUGACAUAUAAUGACUUCAUAAACAAGGAGCUUAUCCUGUUCUCAAAUUCUGACAAUGAGAGAUCUAUCCCAUCUAUGGUGGAUGGUUUGAAACCAGGUCAGAGAAAAGUUUUGUUUACUUGCUUCAAGCGGAAUGACAAGCGAGAGGUGAAGGUCGCCCAGCUGGCUGGGUCAGUGGCGGAAAUGUCUUCUUACCAUCACGGUGAGAUGUCACUAAUGAUGACCAUCAUCAAUUUGGCUCAGAACUUUGUGGGUAGCAAUAAUCUGAACCUCUUGCAGCCCAUUGGUCAGUUUGGUACCAGGCUGCAUGGUGGCAAGGAUUCUGCUAGUCCUCGAUACAUCUUCACCAUGCUCAGCCCUUUGGCUCGGUUGUUAUUUCCACCAAAAGAUGAUCAUACAUUGAAGUUCUUAUACGAUGACAACCAACGUGUGGAGCCUGAAUGGUACAUCCCUAUCAUCCCCAUGGUGCUGGUGAAUGGUGCUGAAGGGAUUGGCACUGGGUGGUCCUGCAAAAUCCCCAACUUUGAUGUUCGCGAAGUUGUGAAUAACAUCAGGCGUUUAAUGGAUGGAGAAGAACCUUUGCCAAUGCUUCCAAGUUACAAGAACUUCAGAGGUACUAUUGAAGAGCUGGCUCCAAAUCAGUAUGUGAUUAAUGGUGAAGUAGCUAUUCUGAAUUCUACAACCAUUGAAAUCUCAGAGCUUCCCAUCAGAACAUGGACCCAGACGUAUAAAGAGCAGGUUCUAGAACCCAUGCUGAAUGGCACUGAGAAGACACCGCCUCUCAUAACAGACUAUAGGGAAUACCACACAGAUACCACUGUCAAGUUUGUUGUGAAGAUGACUGAAGAAAAACUGGCAGAGGCAGAGCGAGCCGGACUGCACAAAGUCUUCAAACUCCAAACAAGUCUCACCUGCAACUCUAUGGUGCUUUUUGACCAUGUAGGCUGCUUAAAGAAAUAUGACACAGCGUUGGACAUCCUAAGAGACUUCUUUGAACUCAGGCUCAAAUAUUAUGGAUUAAGAAAAGAAUGGCUCCUAGGAAUGCUUGGUGCAGAAUCUGCUAAACUGAACAAUCAAGCUCGCUUUAUCUUAGAGAAAAUAGAUGGCAAAAUAAUCAUUGAAAAUAAACCUAAGAAAGAAUUAAUUAAAGUUCUGAUUCAGAGGGGAUAUGAUUCAGAUCCUGUGAAGGCCUGGAAAGAAGCCCAGCAAAAGGUUCCAGAUGAAGAAGACAAUGAAGAAAGUGACAGCGAGAAGGAGACUGCCAAGGGCGACUCCGCCGCAGAUACCGGGCCGACCUUCGCCUACCUCCUUGACAUGCCCCUCUGGUACCUGACCAAGGAAAAGAAAGACGAGUUGUGCAAGCAGCGAAGCGAAAAGGAGCAAGAGCUGCACACACUGAAGAAAAAGAGUCCGUCAGAUCUGUGGAAAGAAGACUUGGCUGCUUUUGUUGAGGAACUAGAGGCUGUUGAAGCCAAAGAAAAACAAGAUGAACAAGUAGGACUUCCUGGGAAAGGAGGGAAACCAAAAGGGAAAAAAGCACAGAUGGCUGAAGUUUUGCCUUCUCAACAAGGAACAAGGGUUAUUCCUCGGGUGACGGUAGAGAUGAAAGCAGAGGCAGAAAAGAAAAUUAAGAAGAAAAUCAAGAGUGAAAAUACUGAAGGAACCCCUGCGGAGGACAGUGUGGAACUGGAAAGCCUGAAACAAAGGCUAGAGAAGAAACAGAAAAGAGAGCCAGGUGCCCGGGCAAAGAAACAAACUACCUUGCCAUUUAAACCUAUCAGAAAAGGAAAGAAGAGAAACCCCUGGUCUGAUUCAGAAUCAGAUAUGAGUAGUACUGAAAGUAAUUUUGAUGUCCCGCCACGAGAAAUAGAGCCACGGAGAGCUGCAGCAAAAACCAAAUUUACAAUGGAUUUGGAUUCAGAUGAAGAUUUCUCAGAUUCUGAUGAAAAAGCUGAAGAAGACGAUUUUGUCCCAUCAGAUGCUAGUCCUCCUAAGGCCAAAACUCCCCCAAAAUUUACAAAAAGAGAACCAAAGCCACAGAAAAUCACCGUGUCAGUAACCGGCCUGGAGGCUGCAGGUGCUGAGGACAGGGAGCCACCUGCUGACCUCCCAGCCCAGCCUGAGGCUACAAAGCCACCUCCUGAGAGAAGCGCGACCAUGAAGAAGACCACAGCAAAAGGUCAGUCUUCUGCCUCCACUGCUGGAACCAAAAAGAGGGCAGCACCAAAAGGAGCCAAAAAAGACCCAGCCUUGAAUUCUGAGGCCUCUGCAAAGCCCGAUCCCGCCAAAACCAAGUAUCGACGCAAAAGGAAGCCAUCCACUUCGGAUGAUUCGGAUUCUAACUUUGAGAAAAUCAUUUCUAAAGGAGCCACAAGCAAGAAAUCCAAGGCCGAGAGCGAUGACUUCCAGAUGGCCCUCGACUCCUCCGUGACUCCUCGGGCAAAAUCCGGGCGCACAAAGAAGCCUAUAAAGUACCUAGAAGACUCAGACGAUGAUGACCUGUUUUAAACUGCGGUGAUUGCUUUACGGAAUAGUCUUACUGAGCCCAAGACUAGUUUUAAAGUUACCCUAAGGUCUUAGUCCCCUUCCUCUGGUUCAGGCUGGAAGGUAUUUUAAACGGGACCUCAGAGGGAAGGAAGGGGAGCCCGAGGGAGGACCGAGGAGGGCAGCGGGCAGCUCCCAGCUCCCACAGGGACCUGGGCACUGUUAUCUCCCAUUUUGUCUUUGUCUUUUGUGUUUUCUUUCAUCUGUAAAGGUGAUGUUAAUGUUAAUCUCUCCCAGACUUAUGCGAGCGCUUUGAUUUAAAGUGUCCCUCUGCCUCCGCUCCUACUGUCACUACAAGAUGGAGCACCCGGCUUACAGGCAGUGUGCCAUCCCAUAGGACUUGACGGUUCUGUACGAAUGCUAUCCGCUCAGCCUAUCAUGUGCUGAACUUCUGUGUAAGCAAUGAGAAAUUGCUUGUAUCCUUUUAAAUUCAUCAGAGGCUGAAGAAAACCACCUCGGCUAAGUCCACGUGACCUCCACACAGUGGGCAGGCGGGAGGAACUAUACCCGUGCCCAACCACUCCACUCGCCCCACCACUGCCCGGCCAGCAUCAAUCAGCCGCUGUGCUCACCCACGCUCUGGCGACCGCCCGACCUUCCUGGAAGUCUCCAGAAUCCAGCCUGGAAACCUCAAGACCUGUGCUGUUCCGUGUUCCUUGUUGAUGUCGUCGAUGUUUCUGUAAAUACUUACUUUGUCUUUCUAGUUAGCUCAUUUCCAGAAAUUUUAUACUGUAACAAAAUGAUCUAAACAUCACAACUUAUGCUUCCCCUUUUUUUUUUGGUACUGGGGAUCGAACUGGGGUCCUUCCGCUUGCAAAGCAAGCGAUGGAACCACUGAGCUAAAUCCCCGGCCCCAAUGCUUCCCCUUUUUUAAACCUGUACUAAGCCUUUUCCUCAUCUUAAAAUAAGUCCUUUUCAAAAAAAUAAAUGAAUAAAAUAA